ACUUCUAAGGACGACUAAACAGUGUUCACUGUCGGCAACUUUGCGGCACUCACGAGGGUUGUCUCUCGUCACACCACAAUAGUGAGAGAACCAGAAGCUACAAGCCCGGAAAAGAUGGCGUCGAGGAGUAUCAGCAUGGGUCAGACGACGAGGCCGUCCAUGUCGUCUAGCUCUGGUAACGCGAUGAAGACGCGGCAGUUGACACAUCUUCAUUCUCAGCUGGCGCAGCUGUCUGCCAACCUCUCUGACACGGAGAACCUGGUCCGCAUGACGAGCGUCCAGGCCGAGAGUAUGCGGGGGUUGGGGGCGUGGCAUGGUGGCAUGUUCAUGGCUGCGAGUAAGGUGCUCGGGGAAGAGGCCAUCAACCGCGAUGCAGCGGCACAGGCGAGGGGUGGCCAGAGAUGAGAGAGGCCCUUGGAGACUUGAGGAGAGAAACAUGAACCGAAGCUGAGAGGUUGUGGCUCAACGCCGCUAGCCCGUCAGAGGCUCUUUUAUGCGUCGUUGCGGGAAUAGGAAGACGCUAUCUGGCUGGGUUACUUAACGAUCAAUGAAUUUCGAGUAUGACACAGUAUGUGCCCACUUCAUGCAGGACGUGCGAGGUUCCAUUCUUGUGAUGCAAUGGUGCCGGAGUUGAAAGCACUCGCUUCGAAUGAAACUUUUAAAUGGG